AAUAUCCAGGUGGAACAUUUAACUGAGGUCUCUGACAAUCAAACUUCAGGAAGCACUCAGGAGGAAAGAGUCACACAAGCUUCUGACAAUCAAUGUUCUGAGGUUGCAGUGAUUCAUCCCACUAUUCAGCAGGACACAAAGGAUUGGACUCGCACCUACAAGUCUGCUGCCUUCAGAACACGUCAAGAUAACAGGCGCUGGUACUGCUAUGAGUACUCAGUCCCACCAUACCCCAACCCAUAUACCAUUAGGUAUGAAAGGAGAGCUCAAAAAGGCAAGGAAAAUCCACUAUUUGGUCUUGGUGAGGUGCAAGAAAGAUUUUUGCAGAUGUUUAACAACUCCCAAAAUCCUGCCCCUACGCCUUACCCUAGGCCGCCACCAGAAGUUUCAACACCAGCAAUGGUUUCUGGAGAAAAUACUAAACAGGAAGAAGUUUCAGCGCUGGAAAAAGAAGGUGUUCAGGCAGCUUCCUUAGAAAAGCAGACUAACACAAACGAAACUCCAAUCUCUACACCACCGCUAGUCCCUGAAAAAGAAACGAUCCCUGAAACACGGGACAUACUGGAUCAACACUCAGAAAAUAUCCAGGUGGAAAGUUUAACUGAGGUCUCUGACAAUCAAACUUCAGGGAGCACUCAGGAGGAAAGAGUCACACAAGCCUCUGACAAUCAACGUUCUGAGGUUGCAGUGAUUCAUCCCACUAUACAGCAGGACACAAAAGAUUGGACUCGCACCUACAAGUCUGCUGCCUUCAGAACACGUCAAGAUAACAGGCGCUGGUACUCCUAUGAGUACUCAGUCCCACCAUACCCCAACCCAUAUACCAUUAGGUAUGAAAGGAGAGCUCAAAAAGGCAAGGAAAAUCCACAAUUAGGUCUUGGUGAGGUGCAACAAAGAUUUUUGCAGAUGUUUAACAACUCCCAAAAUCCUGCCCCUAUGCCUUACCCUAGGCCACCGCCACCACCACCUUAUCUUCGCCAGAUGUACGACCUUCAACAACAUCUAAAAUAUAUGGAGGAUGUAUUUAUAAACUGCUUAUUACUUUCUAACCAAGCUGAUAGAAGACUGUGGGCAGAGAAAAAAUACAAUGACUGUUUGACGCAGCUCCACUUUUAUGAAGGGAUCCUUAAAGACUCAAAAGAAUCUCCAAAUUUGCCCAAGUUCCCCGAAGUGCCAAAAAAUGGAGAAAAGUGUAAAUGUCAGGCCAAAUUGGAGAAGAUCCAACUGGAAAAUAUGGAGGUACAGCAAUACUUAAUGAAGCAGGCAAAUGAGAUGCAUCAUGCCACUCUUUUGCUAAAUGCUGAACUCAACCACAAAGAGGAGUUGCUGAAGAAAAAGGACUCAGAACAAAGACAAGACGAAAAGCAGACAGUUUCUGUAGAAAUUCAGACAGAUUCACAGGAAGCCUCACAGCUGAAAGCAACCAGCUAUCAAACCAUUUCAACACAAACUGAGGUGGAUGUACAGGAAACUAAAUGUGAAAUAAUCCCAGUCUAUCAAACCAUUUCAACACAAACUGAGGUGGAUGUACAGGAAACUAAAUGUGAAAUAAUCUCAGUCUAUCAAACCAUUUCAACACAAACUGAGGUGGAUGUACAGGAAACUAAAUGUGAAAUAAUCCCAGUCUAUCAAACCACUUCAACACAAACGGAGACAGCUUUAUUGCUAAAUGUUGAAGUUAAGGUCUCUGAAACACUACAAAAUGGAGAUGAGCAAGGAGAGAAAAAGCCUUCUAAGAAAUCUAAACGUAAGAAGAAACAAAAGACAUCUAUGGAAACUGCCUCUGGACCUGAAACCCUUAAAGAUCAAGAGGUUUCUGGAGAAAAUACUGAACAGGAGGAAGUUUCAACACCAGAAAUAGUCAAGGAUCAGUCGGUUUCAUUACAAAAUGAGAUCUGUACAAAUGAAACCGUGAUAUCUAAACCACAGGAGGUUGUUGAAGAAGUUAAGGUCUCUGAAACACUACAAAAUGGAGAUGAGCAAGGAGAGAAAAAGCCUUCUAAGAAAUCUAAACGUAAGAAGAAACAAAAGACAUCUUUGGAAACUGCCUCUGGACCUGAAACCCUCAAAGAUCAAGAGGUUUCUGGAGAAAAUACUGAACAGGAGGAAGUUUCAACACCAGAAAUAGUCAAGGAUCAGUCGGUUUCAUUACAAAAUGAGAUCUGUACAAAUGAAACGGUGAUAUCUAAACCACAGGAGGUUGUUGAAGAAGUUAAGGUCUCUGAAACACUACAAAAUGGAGAUGAGCAAGGAGAGAAAAAGCCUUCUAAGAAAUCUAAACGUAAGAAGAAACAAAAGACAUCUUUGGAAACUGCCUCUGGACCUGAAACCCUCAAAGAUCAAGAGGUUUCUGGAGAAAAUACUGAACAGGAAGAAGUUUCAACACCAGAAAUAGUCAAGGAUCAGUCGGUUUCCUUACAAAAUGAGAUCUGUACAAAUGAAACGGUGAUAUCUAAACCACAGGAGGUUGUUGAAGAAGUUAAGGUCUCUGAAACACUACAAAAUGGAGAUGAGCAAGGAGAGAAAAAGCCUUCUAAGAAAUCUAAACGUAAGAAGAAACAAAAGACAUCUUUGGAAACUGCCUCUGGACCUGAAACCCUUAAAGAUCAAGAGGUUUCUGGAGAAAACACUCAACAGGAAGAAGUUUCAACACCAGAAAUAGUCAAGGAUCAGUCCGUUUCCUUACAAAAUGAGAUCUGUACAAAUGAAACGGUGAUAUCUAAACCACAGGAGGUUGUUGAAGAAGUUAAGGUCUCUGAAACACUACAAAAUGGAGAUGAGCAAGGAGAGAAAAAGCCUUCUAAGAAAUCUAAACGUAAGAAGAAACAAAAGACAUCUUUGGAAACUGCCUCUGGACCUGAAACCCUCAAAGAUCAAGAGGUUUCUGGAGAAAAUACUGAACAGGAAGAAGUUUCAACACCAGAAAUAGUCAAGGAUCAGUCCGUUUCCUUACAAAAUGAGAUCUGUACAAAUGAAAUGGUGAUAUCUAAACCACAGGAGGUUGUUGAAGAAGUUAAGGUCUCUGAAACACUACAAAAUGGAGAUGAGCAAGGAGAGAAAAAGCCUUCUAAGAAAUCUAAACGUAAGAAGAAACAAAAGACAUCUUUGGAAACUGCCUCUGGACCUGAAACCCUUAAAGAUCAAGAGGUUUCUGGAGAAAACACUCAACAGGAAGAAGUUUCAACACCAGAAAUAGUCAAGGAUCAGUCCGUUUCCUUACAAAAUGAGAUCUGUACAAAUGAAACGGUGAUAUCUAAACCACAGGAGGUUGUUGAAGAAGUUAAGGUCUCUGAAACACUACAAAAUGGAGAUGAGCAAGGAGAGAAAAAGCCUUCUAAGAAAUCUAAACGUAAGAAGAAACAAAAGACAUCUUUGGAAACUGCCUCUGGACCUGAAACCCUCAAAGAUCAAGAGGUUUCUGGAGAAAAUACUGAACAAGAAGAAGUUUCAACACCAGAAAUAGUCAAGGAUCAGUCCGUUUCCUUACAAAAUGAGAUCUGUACAAAUGAAACGGUGAUGUCUAAACCACAGGAGGUUGUUGAAGAAGUUAAGGUCUCUGAAACACUACAAAAUGGAGAUGAGCAAGGAGAGAAAAAGCCUUCUAAGAAAUCUAAACGUAAGAAGAAACAAAAGACAUCUUUGGAAACUGCCUCUGGACCUGAAACCCUUAAAGAUCAAGAGGUUUCUGGAGAAAAUACUGAACAGGAGGAAGUUUCAACACCAGAAAUAGUCAAGGAUCAGUCCGUUUCCUUACAAAAUGAGAUCUGUACAAAUGAAACGGUGAUAUCUAAACCACAGGAGGUAGUUGAAGAAGUUAAGGUCUCUGAAACACUACAAAAUGGAGAUGAGCAAGGAGAGAAAAAGCCUUCUAAGAAAUCUAAACCACAGGAGGUAGUUGAAGAAGUUAAGGUCUCUCAAACACUACAAAAUGGAGAUGAGCAAGGAGAGAAAAAGCCUUCUAAGAAAUCUAAACGUAAGAAGAAACAAAAGACAUCUUUGGAAACUGCCUCUGGACCUGAAACCCUUAAAGAUCAAGAGGUUUCUGGAGAAAAUACUGAACAGGAGGAAGUUUCAACACCAGAAAUAGUCAAGGAUCAGUCCGUUUCCUUACAAAAUGAGAUCUGUACAAAUGAAACCGUGAUAUCUAAACCACAGGAGGUUGUUGAAGAAGUUAAGGUCUCUGAAACACUACAAAAUGGAGAUGAGCAAGGAGAGAAAAAGCCUUCUAAGAAAUCUAAGAAGUCGGUUUUCUCCCUUUCAGUUUCUGCUAAAAGGGAGAGUGGUCAAAAGGAAAAGCAGACUUCAAAAGCGCUGAAGGUAAGCGAAAGAGAAAAAGCCUCUAAAUUUCAAAAGAAAUCCAUCCAGAAAGAGAAGGAGACAAAGUCUAAAAAGUCUCGAGACGCUGUAACAUCCCCUCCACAGAUGGAGAUUAAAGAAGUGGAAGAUGCCAUCCACACACAGGCAGCAGAAGAGGGGCUUGUGCAGGACAAUAAUCCUAAACAAGCUGAUAGCAUAGUAAAAAAGGUUUCACUGUGGAAGCGUAUCAAAAAGGCCAUGACUCCAUCAAAUUGGUGCCGGUGCACAGGCAGGAAGGAAAACCAGCCACAAUAGACUUUUACAUUUUAAAUAGGGUGGGCAGGGUAGUUUUGUAUUAAUUGGAGAGUGCAAAUUAAAAAGCUAAGGCUGCAGAUUGGGAAAUGUCUCCCUUAGCAUGCGUGGGUUUUUGAUACUGAACAUCCACUGUUAAAAACUAACGGGUUAGCAAAAAGGAUGAAAUCAUUGUUGAUGGCAUGUAAAAAGAUUUGUAAAAGCAAGGGCAUACACGGUUAGUUUUAACCCUAUAUGCGUGGGUUCACUCCGGGUGCUCCGGCUUCCCCCACAUGGUCCAAAAACAUGCAUUAUCAGCCAUGAUAGGCCCCUUAUUUCUGAUUCGAUGGUAAAA